UGAAACAGACUAUGUACAGAGUUAUUGUACUCUUGAUCCUAGUCCUCCUCCUUAGUGAAGCCAUGGCUAGAAGUAGCAGUAGAGGAAGAAGCUAUAGAAGAAGCUCAAGGACUUCUUAUAGAUCUGGAAGUAGAUCAACAGGGACUUGUACCUCAGGAACUAGCACAUGUGUGAUCAUUCCAAUUGUUUGAGUUGUAGGCUUCUUCGUUCUUAUCUUUGCCAUUGUCAUGAUUGCCCAUUGUAUCAAAGCAGCAGAGAAGAGACAGAAAGAACAAUUAGCAGAGAAGAGGAGGAUGGAAAAAAUAAGAAAAGAUGAGAUGGAGAAAAGGCAAAAAGAAGAAGCCUCCAGGCUUGAAAAGUUACAAAAAGAGCAAGAAGAGCAAAUGAAGAAUCAACUUUUCAUGAACCAGACAGACUACUCAGCAAAUCCUCAGCCACAGGCCCAAUUCGUGAUGCCUGGAACUGCUGUGCAGCCAACUUAUCAAGUUGUAAACCCUUAUGCAGGCAACCACAACUAUCAACCAGUUCCAGUGUUUUAUGACCCUGCUGCUUAUGGAGUUCAAUAUGAUGAAAAUUGGCAGACUCCAGAACAGAACAUGCUGUACACUCCUAUCGCCCCAUUCGCAGGCACUAAUGAUUCUGCGAAACAAGACUUCAACGCGAAUAGUGUAAAGGUUGCUCCUUAUGAAGGAAAUGAAACUGCUGCUAAAUUAGUUUAAAUCACUAAUUAGAAGAUAGAAUAAGAUUGUC